AAAAAAAUUAAAAAAAAAACCUGAAAAUGAAAUUCCUACUCAUUGCCGCCGCUGUCGCUGUCUGCUUCGCCUUGGCCAUGGCCGAGGAACAGUACACCACCAAAUACGACAAUGUCGACUACAAAGAAAUCUUGAAAUCGGAUCGUCUCUUCAACAACUACUACAAAUGUCUGAUCGACGAGGGUAACUGCACUCCCGAUGGCCGUGAAUUGAAGAAGAUCUUACCCGAUGCCCUGCAGACGGCCUGCUCCAAGUGCAAUGACAAACAAAAGGCUGCCGCCGAAGAGGUGGCUCGUUUCGUCAUCGACAACAAACCCGAAGAAUGGAAGGUAUUGCAGGCCAAAUAUGAUCCCGAGGGAGUCUUCUAUGCCAAGUACAAGGAUGAGGCUGCCAAGCGUGGUUUCAACGUCUAAUAUUGAGACAGUAUUCGGUUUUUUUAAAGAAGUUAUAGACCCAUGAUCUGGCUGAUGUUAUUAUUUCCCAAACUCCAAAGAAUUUCAACAAAUUUCAUUAUUGCAUCAGUAAUUGCAUUUUUCUCAUAGAAUUUAAUUUGUUUUUCU